AUGGAACAAAUACCACCCUCCCAGGAACAAGGUAAAUCACCUUCACCCAAUGAAAAUCCACCCUCCCAAGAGCUGCCACCGACGCCCCCAACUACCCACUCAGAUGUGCAGGCGGAAGCCGUCAUUCCCAUCAAACGGCAGCGCGUUGAAGGUGCAUGCAGACUCGACCCGCAGAGGUCAGAUCCUCCAUCGGAAGCGGCGACUUCGACUUACACGUUACAGGAAAGCAUGGAUGACAACGACGAUGACGCGGGUUUUACCAUCGUCUCUUACAAGAAAAACCGACCAGCAGGUAUCCCAAUACUCUUUCAUCCGACGUCCAAGGAGACUUCCUUCUGGAAGGUGAACCCGAAUGUCCUGGCACGAGAGGUAUUGGGAAUAGCACAGGAGAAAAUACUCUCACACAGAAUCGCCAAGGAUGGCAGCCUAUCGGUCAGUGUAGCGUCCCUCCCUGCGGCAAAUAAACUGCUUGCGCAAACAUCCCUCGCGGGAAUCGAGGUAAGGGCAACCACUCCAAGGUCCUACUCCGAAAACAUGGGCAAAAUCAAAGGAGUUCCUCUCCAAUACUCCGAUAGUGAUCUAUUGGAGUACUUAAAAGACAGUGGUGUACUAACUGUCCAAAGACAGGUUGCAUACCAAAGACAAGAAGAUGGCUCUUCAGUGGCCCGUCCCAAAGAUAGCGUCAUACUUCGCUUCACGCAGGACCACCCGAUGCCUCCCAGGGUAUACUUGGGGUUCACCAGCCACCCAGUGGAAGAGUACUUCGGUUCUCCCCUUCAAUGCUACCAAUGUCAACGAUUUGGACAUAUUGCCAAGAACUGCCGCGGUGCCCGCCGUUGCAAAAUAUGUGCAGGUCCACAUCACCAUCAAGAGUGCAGCUCACGAGCUGAACCUAAAUGCGCCAACUGCGGCCAAGGCCACGCGGCAACGUUUUCCGGCUGCUCCAGUAAAAAAGCGGCAGCAGUUGUAAGAAAAACCGAAAUUAUAAAUGGCAGAACACCUACUCGACGAUCUCCACCAUCAAAUCCAGAGAUGGUGCGAAUACCUGAAGCUCCAAACGACACAAAAUCGUCGACAUCCAAGCCUACGUAUUCAGACGUGCUACAUCGACAACCAAGUAAGAAAAACACCGCUUCAAAAAAUGAAAAUGGUUCCAUGACGUCAGCGCCGCUUACUCGAUCAAGCCGAAAAGCGCGAGUCAGGACCUCCAAUGCCUACCGCGUCUGGUGCCCGAAGGGCUCCACGACCCACUGCAUCACAAACGACACACUCAAUGGAGACGCCGUCUGCUACAUACCGUGCAGAUUCCCCGGUCAACGCAGACAGCCAAGCAACUGA